UAAGGAACAAACAACGUGGAGAACAUUGUAUAAAAAGUAUUUAGUGCCACCCUUCAUCCAAAACAUAUUGUAAUUACUAAAAGGAACAUUAUGGUGUAAUAUUGGGCGUGUUAAACAAAAAUCUGGUGGCAACCGCAGGGGGAAGCGUGCCUGGAAUGCCUAUUGUCACGGCCAAGGCUUUAUAAAAGGGUAAGGCUAUGGGCCAAGGCCUUGGUUACGGUCACACCUCCACGGAAACGCUGUUCAGCCAUGGACUCUCUGGGAAAGCUGCUGGUGGUGGUGGUGGUGAUGGCCGCAGCGGCGAUGACGAUGGUGGAGUCGUCAGCUGUGCAGCCGGCCGCUCCAGAUCAACCACAGGUAAAGGAAGAGGAGGAAGUGAGUGGGACCAACUCAUCUUCUGGCAACCUUCAUCUCGAAUUCCACUCCAUCCACGAAGCUAUCCGGUCCUCCAUCUCCCGCAGCGACCAUAGCUGCCCCCCGGAUUGCGAUACGCUCCUUCGUCCAAUCUGCAUGAACGAGUGCAGGAGACGGUGGCUGGCGUCCCUGGUGUGCCUCAUGGUGUGCUCCUCCACCGAGCUGAUGUGCUGCCGCUGCCCCAUAUCCUGCCACGGGCCCUUCCAGCGGUGCUACUCCCGCUGCUCCGGGGGUGACACGUGGUGCAAGGACCGGUGCAUAGCCAGGGUCAACAAGUGCUGCAGCGUUGACAGCCGCACGCCACACGCAGAAACUGGCAUAUUUGAUGACGAGUUUGAAGCACCCACGGAUAUCGAAAGGAGUUAUGUUUAAGCUUAUAGUAGGUUCUUGCUGUUCUUGGUGGUGUGGUCUAUUUUUAUAGUAUACCGAGCUGCCGUUGAAGGUAACUGCGUACGUGCUAUGCUAAUGACACGACGUAUCAACGACAGGGAGGUUUGACUUUUGAUAUCCUAAGUAAUCCUUUAAUCUAUGUUGUAUUUAGCAGAUGUCAUUGUCCGCUAUAAUUAUCCAGAAAUUAAAUUUAAACGUGUCUGCAUUUAUCGAUUUUAGUGUUAGGUUUCGGUGGAACCCUGUCCAUGCAUUUGUCUGAUUUACUGAUAGAGUAUGUGUUCUGCACGAGGAAUUUUUUAAUGAUAAUGUAACUCGUUCAUAUUAUCUACUAAACAAAAAUUAUAAAGUAAGAUUAUCAUCCCGCCGCGUGCCCCCACCAUGCAAAUAAAGGUAAAUACAAGGUAGCUAGGUCCCGUGGUAGUCUCCACCUUGUGCUUCGGCGGGGUGCUAGAGCGUAGGUUCGAGACCUGUCCGGUGCCAUGGGGGUGGAAAGGUGGGCUCUUUCCUACACCCGUUGUUGGGCCUCCUUGAAAGAAUUGGGUAUCUCUCUGCCAGCCGUCUGGGCGGUUGCGCGGCAUGCACCGCCUUCCUCCCUUGGGGUAUAUCCCCAACGGAAUACCAAAAAAAAAAAAAAAAGGAAGUAGCUAGAGAUAAUAGGUACAGGUAACAUGGAAUGGGAUUCUUCAUACUGCGGUGUCUUCGUUUUGCAAUUAAAUAUGAUUUUCUGCAUAACCUAAAACAAA